GACUGAAUUUUUUUCCCUGGCAACACUGGGCGGGGCUGAACACAACACAACACAGCAUGGCCGGCAGGGUGCUGGGGCCGGCGCUGCGGCGCCUACUGUUUCGCCCACAGACACGUCUGCAGAAGAGCCGUCACUUCUUAUCAGCAAGUUACCGCUGUGAUGAAGUAUGGACAAAGAGGCUGGAGAACCCUCUGGUCAGCAGCAUAAACCCAGUGGAAUUUUACUACGACUUGGAUCAGAAGUACAAACAUGAAGGAAAAGUCAGUGCCAUUGACGUUGAUCUGUUCCUGAAUCGAAUAGAUGACCCGAAGGUAGAUGGUCUGGCGGAGGAGGUGGAGGAGCUCAUGCAUCGCCUUCGCCGCUCUCCAGAGACCAUCCACACCCUAGAAUCAACACACUAUGCAGUGGUGCGGGCACUGCUUGAUGGAGGCCACACACCCACCCUUUUGCAGCUCCUCACUGAUCCCAUGGCCUAUGGCCUCUUCCCUGACCACAUCACAUGCAAUUUGGUCAUGCACACCUUUCUUAGCCGUCAAGAGUACACAGCGGCAGCACGAGUAGCAUCCUAUCUCAUGCUGCAAGAGGACUUUGGGCCGCCCCUAACACAGGCCCUCGUGUUGGCUUCAUGUUACCGCUAUGUUACCAGUGAGGACAAGCAGCCUUGGGAGGACUACACGCCCAAAGUGGAGGAGCCCAAGGAAGAGGUCAAGAUCAGAGUGAAGUACCUGCGCAACCCUUACUUUGAUGACCACUUUGACCUAACGGACCCAAACCACAUUGUAGGCAAGACCCUAGCCUGGGCAUCUCCCCUGGUGGGUGGUCUGGUGGGCAGGAACUGUGAGGCCCUGGGCUGGGCACUGUACAAUAAGUGGGAGGAGUUGGAGGCUGCACUGGACAAGCUGAGGGCAGGGAAGGAACAUAUUGCUGCCUCUGUGGCAAGUCAGGUGAAGAGUCUCGUGGAGGGCGUGGAGGAUGUUGCAGUGCGUGAGCGGCUACUCUCAGCUGUGGCACGUGUGGAGGUGGCAGAGUCAGAGGCAGGAGAUCAGGACCUUGAGGCAGCCAUCACAAAGCUGGCUGAGGAUGCUGCCAAGGAGGCUGAACCACUAGACAUUAAGACUCAAAUUGAGAAUUUCCGGCGGUGGGAGGAGCAGCGCGAGGAUGAGUACCAGCGGCAGGUUGAUGCCUACAGGAAGAAACAGCUGAUGGAGGAGAUAGAGGACAAGAAGAAGACCCUUGCUGAAAAGGAGGAGGUUAUCUUCUUUUUCGAUAACAAAGAGAAACUGGAGAUGCUGUUGCCGACUAAGAAGAAGAAAUACUACCCCAAGAAGAAAUCAAUUGCCUUCCCCAAGAAAAAGAAGCCUCGAGAAGCUGAUGAGACAUACAUACCCCCUGAAGUGUGAGGAGACCCACCCCAUCAUAGGACAGUGGUAGGUUUAUUUAUAGUACCGUGAGGGGAUAGAGAAACCUCAGCUUUCUCAGUGUAGGCUUCAUAAACAUGAUACUGAUCUCAAUGCCUAUCCUCAGUUAGAAGUCUUUUAGUCACUUGCAGAUAGGUGUUCAGUUUUAUGGAUUUGGAUAGGGAGAUGACAAGUGACCUGUUUCAUGUCUAGAUUAUUACAGUCUUGGUUUUCAACACUUUUAUAUUUUCUUAACAUUCAGUGCAGUGAGCCAUACAUAGACUUUCCUAAAUUAAUACAUGGUAAAUGAAAGUUGAAUCACCAUAGGGCUCCUGACAUUUUUGUGUGUUAGUAAUAAGGAUGAUGUAAAAUACAAUGUUGAGCAAAAAUAUGUAUAUAUAUAUAUCCCUAUAAUUCUUCAGAGACAUGUAAAUAAUUACAAUGUACCUUUUCACAGAGAAUAGUAGUCUUUGUUAGAAGUAAGGCACAAUUGUUCCAGUAAUGUACAGUUACGGAUAAAACAUCAAUCCAUCUAA